CUUUUCAAAGUCGGCCCGCGGCCCGGCAGGCCUGGGCUCCGAGCUCGGCCGGGAGGACCCCGGGGACCAGGAGGAGGACCCGGAGGACCAGAAGGAGGACCCGGAGGAGGAGGGGCCACCGCAUCAAAGACGCCGGCUUCCCGCGGCCCGGGGGCGAGCCAUGCGCGGCGGUCGGUAAUGUCAGCGGAACAGGACAAGGAGCCCAUCGCGCUGAAGAGAGUUCGAGGUGGUGAUAGCGGACUGGAUGGCUUAGGAGGACCAAAUAUACAACUAGGAAGCCCAGAUAAGAAAAAACGCAAGGCCAGCACACAGGGACCUUCCUUUCCUCCGUUGUCUGAGUAUGCACCACCACCAAAUCCAAACUCCGACCAUCUAGUGGCUGCCAAUCCCUUCGAUGACAAUUACAACACCCUUUCCUACAAACCCCUGCCUUCGUCCAAUCCCUAUCUCAGCCCUGGUUAUCCUGGCUUUGGAGGCUACAGCACGUUCAGAAUGCCACCCCACGUCGCCCCAAGAAUGGCUUCCCCCUACUGUGGUCCUUACUCACUCAGGAAUCAACCCCACCCAUUUCCCCAGCAUCCCCUGGGCAUGGGCUUUAACCGGCCGCACGCUUUUAACUUGGGGCCGCCCGAGAAUCCGAGUUUUGGAAACCCACCGUACAAUAACGUGCUGACGCAGGACAUUAACAUGCCUGGUCAGCCUUUCAGACAAAGUUCUGCUGAGAACUUCAGUCCGAUUCCCCCGCAGAAUGCUGGCCAGGUGUCUAACCCUGACCUGCCAUCCAAUUUUGUACCUGGAAACAAUUCAAAUUUUACCUCACCGUUAGAAUCCAAUCAUUCUUUUAUUCCGCCCCCAAACGCGUUUGGUCAGGCAAAAGCGCCACCUCCCAAGCAAGACUUUCCUCAAGGGGCAACCAAAACCGCGAAUCAGAGUUCCUCUGCUCACCCCCCUCACUUAAACAUGGAGGACACGGUCAAUCCGAGUAACGCUGAGUUGAAAAGUGUCAACAGGAACAGUGCCGUCCAAGAGAACAGCCGUUCGGGUAGUGCAGAGGCCACCAACAGCCAUGCCAAUGGGACCCAGAACAAGCCGCGGCAGCCCCGGGGCGCAGCCGAGCUGUGCGCGCCCGACAAAAGCCGCAAGUUCGCCCUGCACCCCGGCCGCCACGGCCAUUCGUCCUCUGACCCGGUGUACCCGUGUGGGAUCUGUACCAACGAAGUGAACGACGAUCAGGACGCCAUCCUGUGCGAGGCCUCCUGUCAGAAGUGGUUCCAUCGCGUCUGCACCGGCAUGACGGAGACGGCCUACGGGCUCCUGACGGCCGAGGCCUCUGCAGUGUGGGGCUGCGACGCGUGCAUGGCUGACAAGGACGUCCAGCUGAUGCGCACCCGAGAGGCCUUCGGCCCGCCCGCCGUGGGCGGUGAUGCCUAACCACGGCCCUCCCCGAACCCGGGUUCGUUCUCUCCGUGCAGAACAGAGAUUUGGUGACAUAGGAGUUUCAUGUUUGACAUUUUUGUGAAAUGGCACAUACAAAAAAAUAUUACAUUUUAGUUCUUACUAACAUUUCGAUUCAUCCUGUUGUGUUGUCUUUAAUGAGAUGGAUGUGUGGGGGGUGCUGUAGAGACACUUAUAAAUAAAUGUUCAUUGUUAUUUAUCAUAAACAUAAAAGCCUCUUGAAGCUUCAAAAUAAUAUAUGACAAAGGUAGGCAAGUUUUAACUUUUAAAAGUCAGUCAUUUAAAGAAAAAUGUCUAUUUCAGUGCUAAAUUUUGACCAUAAGACAGUACACAUUUAGUUCAAGAGUAGAUUGAUUUAACAUGUUACCUGAAUACAAUCUGUGUAGUGAUAAUUGGGGGUGGGGAAUGUGUAUGUGUAAUGGAUCUUAAUGUCCUUUUUUUAAAAUUUUAAUGUUAGAAUUGACACCUGAUCCUUCCUCUGCUAGGGUCUUUGAAAUCUGUGAGUUUCAUUGUUCAAAUCAGUCUUUCCAGGAUGUCUGUGUAGGUACAGGACAGACGUGGAUCAUAGGAUAGAGUCUAUUCCCAGUAGUGUUUGCUAGUUAACUGGUUGGGUGUACCUUGUGACAUUGCUAAUAUCCGCUUACUGACUUUAGUGAAGUUGGCGUAACAUGUUUCCAAGUGUGUCGUUCAGAACUAAUGCUGGCAUUAUGCGCUCAGUUUCUAACGUACUUGUUUUUUUGUUAGUGCUCUCCAUAUGAUAAUGCCGUGUCUCCGGACUUGCGAACUCUCUCUUCUACAUGUUUUUAGCUGGGACAGACGGCACAGAGAGAAGCACCAGUGUGGUCUGACAGUGCUCUGUGCUCUGCUGCACAAAGAGCCAAGCAGUGGAGGCUGGAGGAAUGUUCUGGAGAUCUGACCUUGCAAAAUGAACCUAAGGGAAGUUCAAAAUCCACUUUCAGUAAAGGCAGUGAAGAGCCAAGGCCAGAACUUACUUGGGGCUGUACUUCAGGCUUUGUGGUGUCUGCUGUAACUGGGGACAGGUGAAAAUGCACCCGAGAGGACCUUCCCUCUAGAGCAAUGCUCUGAGAUCCGAAAUGACACACAGGUAUUUUAGGAGCAGAUCUUAACCUGGGGCCAGAAUAAGCAAAUGGUCUGUAUGACAGUAGAUAGCAACUUGGACAGUGGCGGGUGUUGACAACCAUCCUCAGUAAUGCUGUACCAUUCAUUCAUAACCAGUGUGACCACACAAAGUUCCGAAUGUGGGACUGGCGGCCUGGCUCUGCAGACCCGUGCCCUUGCUGUGUCCUUGCAGAGGACCUAGGUUCAUUUCCCAGAACCCACAUUAGUCCGCUCACAACUGCAUGUAUCUCCAGUUCCAGGGGAUCUGAUGCCCUCUCCUGGCCUUUCUGGGCGCUGCACACACAAGGUGCACAUCCAUGACUCAGGCAUGCACAGAUACACAUAGAAUAAAAGCAUCUUUAAAAUACAAUAAAAAACAUUUAAAAAUGCAAAA